AUGGCAGACCUUAAUCUCCAAGAGAUCCACGACACCCUCCUCGACAUCGCGAGCGAGGCGGGCAAGAUGAUCUUGGCCGCGAACCCGUCUUCGAUUGACCAAGGCAUCAAGCUCAACUCCGUCGACAUCGUCACCGAAACAGACCAAGCCGUCGAGAAGAUGGUCUCGACCCGCCUGCAGUCCACCUACCCGAAUAUCUCCUUCAUGGGGGAGGAGACGUACACAAAGGGCACCCGCCUCGGCCCGGAACCGACCUUCGUCGUGGACCCCAUCGACGGCACCACGAACUUUGUCCACUCCUUCCCCGACGCCUGUAUCUCCCUCGGUCUGUCCGUCGACUGCGUCCCCGUCGUCGGCGUCAUCUACAACCCCUUCCAGGACCUCUUGUUCACGGGCAUCAAGGGCAAGGGCAGCUACAUGCGCCGUGCGGGCGGAGCGCCGCAGCGCUUGCCUCUGGCCAAGAGCCCGAUCCCGCUCAAGGGGCUGGACGGCGCGCUGUUGGCGUGCGAGUGGGGCUCCACGCGCGACGGGCCAAACUUUGACCUCAAGGCCGAGACGUUCAAGAAGCUGGCCGCGACCAAGGAGACGGGCGGCGCGAUGGUGCACUCGAUGCGCGCGCUGGGGUCCGCGGCGCUGAAUCUCGCGGCUGUGGCGGCGGGCCAGUUGGACAUGUACUGGGAGGGCGGGUGCUGGGCGUGGGAUGUGUGCGCCGGCUGGUGCAUCCUGGCCGAGGCGGGCGGGAUCAUGGUCGGCGGAAACCCGGGCGUCUGGAAGCCUGCUGUGGACGAGAGGGUGUAUCUCGCCGUGAGAGGGGCGCCCGCCGGGCAGAAGGAGAUUGUGGAGGAGUUUUGGAAGGUGCUUGACGGGAAGAAGCUGGACUACUCCGUCUAG